AUGAGAGGAAAGCGCUCAAAACAAUACCGCAAGCUCAUGGAGCAAUACUGCAUGACAUUUGGCUUCCGUGAAGCCUACCAAGUUCUUGUGGAUGCCGAAAUGGUGGAGGAUGCAUGUCGAUUCAAGAUGGACCUAGCAGCAGGGUUGGAACGCACAGUGCAUGGCAAAGUUAAGCCUAUGAUUACGCAGUGCGAGAUCCGAAAGCUGUACGAGAAGACGAACGAGCCCGGCGUGCGCGAAGCCAUCGAGCUCGCGAAAAACUACGAGCGCCGGCGCUGCGGGCACCACCCGGACGAGUACCCGAAGCCGCUCUCCACGCUCGAGUGCCUGUCGUCGGUCGUGGAUCCCAAGUCGACGGGGCAGAACAAGCACCGGUACGUGGUGGCGAGCCAGAGCCAAGAGGUGCGGCGUGCGCUGCGCGGCGUCCGCGCGGUGCCGCUCAUCUACAUUAAGCGCAGUGUCAUGAUCCUGGAGCCCAUGGCCGACGACAGCACCGAGGUGCGCAUGCGCGAGGAAAAGGCCAAGUUCCGCGCCGAAUUGAAGAAGAAGGUGCCUAGCGGCAAGCGAAAGCGAGAGGAGGAGGACGACGAGGGGCAAGGUGAGGAGGGCGGCAAUGUGGAGAGGGCGGCGGAUAAGAAAAAGAAGAAAUACGGAGCCGCCAAAGGGCCAAAUCCGCUGUCGAUGAAGAAGGCGAAGAAGAACCCGCAGCAGCUGGAGGAUGAGAGGAGGCGGAAGCAGAAGCUGGAGGCCAAGGAGGCAGCGGAGAAGCCAAAGAAGAAGCGCAGGCGGAGGGCCAAGGGUGAUGGCGAGGGUGGCGCGGCGACGGGGGAGAGCGGCGCAGGUUAUGCGGGAGGUGAUGGUGGCGAUGCGUAG